GCGACGGACCGGAAACAGCGUGAGGUUAUUGGAGUCCCAGAUAGCGGCGCAACUUAUACUGUAUCAGGCCAAAUCUCCCUAUCACCCUCUCAAGAGUCCCUCAGUUCAGCGGUGCAGAAUGUUGAGGAGCGUGUCAGCACAGGUGCUCAGACAGUUUGUCAGACACAGCAGCACAGACUUGAACCUCAUACUAGAAAGAUCCAUCAACAAAGUGCAGCUUCUGGGACGGGUGGGACAGGACCCAGUAAUGCGACAGGUGGAGGGCAGGAACCCUGUCACCAUCUUCUCCAUGGCAACCAAUGAGAUGUGGCGCUCAGGAGAGGGAGAUGGUGUGCAUACAGGAGACAUCAGUCAGAAGACCACUUGGCACCGCAUCUCAGUCUUUAAACCUGGCCUGCGGGACGUGGCAUACCAGUAUGUGAAGAAAGGGUCCCGGGUGCUUGUGGAGGGGAAACUGGACUACGGGGAGUAUGUGGAUAAGAACAAUGUCAGACGGCAAGCUACCACCAUUAUUGCAGAUAACAUUGUCUUUCUAAGUGACAAUAUACGAGAGCGAGAAUGAAGGAUGUUGACUCUGAAGAAAGAAGAACCCUCAAGCUUUUUUCACUGCUGUUUAUUUCCACUCCUAGAGGAACUGUGGACUGCUUGGUAGUAACAAAAGAGCGUGUGCAAGUUGGUGGUGUGUUAGCACUGCCUCUGCAUUCCAUUCACCCCC